GUGCGGGAGAACGUCACCAUUAACGGGCAGCCCUGGGAGGAGGCUUCGGACGAUUCCGAGCCGCGGAAUGGUAUCAUCAAGAUUCUUGAGGAUCAGUUUGAUGAACUGAUCGUAGAGACGACAACGAAGCGUAAGCAGUGGCCUAGGAAGAUCCUGAGGCACGCUGUCGAAACCAUGAAAGCAGAGCAGGAGAUGUUGAAGCUCUACCAGCCCUUGGUAACACCAGAAGAGAUAAGAUUGCAGCCUUCUCAAGAGGCUUACAUCACAGACCUGAGGCAGCUGACAGAAACUGUGUCCAAACAGAUCAGCGAAGCAAUGAAGUCUCUCCCAGCGCUAAUAGAAAGAGCAGAAGGUUUUUCCCAAGCAUUGACUUGGCAACCAACUUUGGAACUCUGCAAGCUGAGGCAAGAAGUCUUUGCCAUUUGCAAGGCAAAGGAGGAAAAUAAUGUCCAAAGUGUCACAUUGCCAGGAGAAGUCACACCAACGGAUGCUGCUGCCCAUAGAAGCCCUUACGUUUUGCUGAGAAGGAAGAAGCCUGUAGCCUCCCCGGAGAGGAGGCGCUACCCGCUGCGCCGCAGGAGGAUUGCGCUCAGCACGUGA